AUGAAUGGAACGCCUGCAGUUCAGAGCAUUCCUCAGAAUCGACUGGGCGAGAGCAGGCAAAAAGAGUCGAUCAUCGGAAUAUAUGUGGCUAUUGCUAUAUCCAGUCUCAUUGUUUUCGUCCGAAUAUAUGCGCGCGCUAUACUCAUCCGGCAGUUUGGCUGGGAUGAUGUCGUUAUAACCUUUGCCAUGAUUCUUAGUUGGGCACUUCUGCCUCUUCUAGUGUUGGUUAUACUCAAUGGAGGUGGGAGGCAUCUCAUGGCGGUGCUUAGUGACGAUCCCGCUGGCCUGGACAAAAUGACGUUAUGGGUGAUUCUAUCCACAUCAAUCUAUGUCGUUAAUAUUGUCGUCUGUCGUAUAUCAGGGAUUCUUUUCUAUGCUCGCUUGAAUUCAAUGCCCCGGUUUGUGCUCUAUCUACGUUUUACGUUCAUCUUUGUGAUAGCAGCAUUCGUCGUCCAAGUUGUGGUCACGACCAUUCGAUGUGUUCCGCUAUCAGCCAUGUGGCAGGAAGAACAUGGAAAGAGGUGCUAUGGGGUUGUGACGAUGACCUACAACACUGUGUUGACAGUGACUGCUGAUAUCUUGAUAUUGCUCCUACCAACAAACGUUAUUUUCUCGAUGAAGGCGACAUUGGAACGCAAGGUUGUGCUCGGUAUAAUCCUGUCCUUCGGGCUUUUAGCUUCCAUAGGGCGCAUUGUCGUCGUCUUCAAGGCAGUGGAUCACCUGGAUGAUAUAACCUGGUACAUUUCGGUCGUCAUGAUAUGGACAAGCGCCGAAGUCAGUACGGCCAUAGUUGCCUUAUCCCUUCCGGCUUUGAAGGGGAUGUGUGGUUCGCUUCAGGCUCGAUCAUUCGAGAUCGAACAAAGCGACUCGCAGCACGAUAAUAAUUUCCCGCUCGGUCCGGUAGGGAGCCAAACAAGACACGAAGCACCGACUGGAUCGGAUUCACAUUGCAAAGGUGUUUCAAGUCUAAGUCGUGAAAAUACAAGUCAGGAGCGGCUUUGGCCUUGA